AUGGCAUCAGAGUCAGGUUACGACAAGGCGAAAGAUGUUACGCCGAAGACAUCGGAUGAAAGCGGUGAAGAAACAGAAAAGACCCAGCGUGGUAAGAUGGCAUCGAAAGCAACAGAAGUUUUGCCUGGUUGCAUAGAUGUCAUGUCGCCAUAUUUCUUACAUGCUUCUGAUGCUCCAGGGCAUGUUUAUGUUACUGAAGUCCUCCGUGAUGGCAACUACGGAGAGUGGGUAAAUGAUAUGCGAGAUGCAUUGUUUGCCAAAAACAAGAUGGGUUUUGUAGAUGGAUCUCUGUCCACACCGACACCCGACUCACCAUAUUUACAACAGUGGAUGCAUUGUAAUGCUAUGGUGAAAGGUUGGCUAAAGAGUGCAAUGGACAAGGACAUGAGAAACAGUGUAAGAUAUGCCAAUACAGCCAGAGAUAUUUGGGAGGACCUGGAAGAAAGGUUUGGGAAGGGAAGUGCACCAAGAGCCUUUGAGAUUAGGCGAGCAGUGGUACUCCUACAACAAGAAAAGGCUUCUGUUUCGUCUUACUACACAAAAUUGAAAAGCCUCUGGGAUGAGACGAUGGCAAUCUCUCCACUACCAAGAUUGAAGUCACAGAUUCUCAGUUCAAAACCAACGCCAAGCCUUGGUCGAGCGUAUCAUAUGGUUUCUGAAGACGAGCAGCAAAGACAAGUCUCAGCCACUCAUAAACCAGUGGUUGAAUCUACAGCAUUCCAAACACAGAGAUUUUCCAAUGAAAAGGAUGGCGGAGGAAGAAGAAGGGAUAAACCCAUUUGUGGACACUGCCAGAAGAUUGGACAUACUGAAGAUCAAUGCUAUGAAAUAAUUGGUUAUCCCACACAUUGGCAGAAAGGUCCUCGUGAUAAGAGAGGAGGGCAAUACACAGACUAG